AUGAAAUCACCAACUUCGCUCCUACCGAUAGCCAUAUAUGGCAUAUUGACUGCUCCAGGGGUAGCAGCAAAGUGCUCAGCGGGACUUGUCAAUAUUGUUUUCAAUGGGCCUGGCGAUAAAAUUGGGCCUGGAUCGCACCCCGACUCUCAGUUAUUUUCUUGGUUUUCCAAGAUGCCAGCCGCCAAGAAUUGGAUAACUUUUAAUGAGCAUGAAUACGAGAAGAAAAUCCCCAUGCUGGGUGACAACAAAGAUGCUGUUCAGGAGGCCAUUAAAAUGGUCACCAGGGCAAACCCGCCAGAAUUUCUGCUCACAUUCAAUGAGCCCGACUGGGAUUAUAAAACAGGAAAGACGAAAUUGACUCCUCAAGCUGCUGCUGAACUUAUUGAACCAUUGUUGAACGCGACUGCAAAGCAUACCAAAUUCAUCGCGCCAGUGCCAGCCUUCCAAAUGAGCAACUGGCUUCCUGAGUUCUAUGAAAAAUGCAAAUGCAGAGACCGUUUCUAUGCACACAGCGUCCAUAUAUAUAACCACACCAUCGAUGAUGCCAAAACUGCUAUCAACACCUUUCACAACAAGUACAACGACAAGCCUUUAUGGAUCACCGAAAUUGCACCGAGGCAGCUGAACUGUGACGCUCCGACGAGUAGCUCGUGGGCCAGUUCGACAGAAUUUAUGAACGAACUCUUCGCCUGGGGACAAUCGAUCGAAUGGAUCGAGAAGAUCUUUUGGAACUCGGGUAACAAAAUUGUCACACAUUGUGAUACAAACGUGGGUGCCUCUUAUUUGCUCGACGGCAACGGCAACCCGACGCCACUGCUGGCUCCUUUCAACAAUUUGACCUGUUCGCAAACUUGA